UCCCUCAUCCCUCAUCCACAACCAAAUCCAAAUCCACCUCAUCCCUCUCACAAACCAAAAAAAAGCCCAAUCACAAAGCCCAGCCCAAUCCAAUGGCAGCUUCCUCCUCCUUUUCCACCUCCGCCCUUACUAACCAUCUCACUUCUCGCCUCCACGUCAUCCGCCUCCGGCAGAUCCCUCUCCGGAGCGACGACCAACACAGAGUUCGUCCGCACGUCCUGCAUCGCCACCACGUACCCUCAGCUAUGCUACAACUCUCUUGCCGUCCACGCCACCAAAAUCCAGACCAGCGCCAAGCUCAUGGCCUCCACCGCCCUCGACGUCACCCUAGCGUCAGCGAAGUCAACCUCCGCCGCCAUGGUCAAGCUCCAACAGUCCCACGGUCUCACCCCCCGCGAGACAGCGGCGAUGCGCGACUGCGUGGAGGUGCUCGGUGACUCCGUGGACCUCAUCCGCCAGUCCAUGGCGGAGAUGGCGGCGAACAAAGGCGGCGCGGAUUUCGGGAUGAUGAUCAGCGACGUGCAGACGUGGGUCAGCGCCGCCUUGACCGACGAGAGCACGUGCACCGACGGGUUCGGCGAGAAGGCCGUGGCCGACGGGGAGAUGAUGAAGACGGCGGUGAGAGGGAAGAUUGAGACGAUUGGUCAGCUCACCAGCAACGCCUUGGCUCUCAUCAACGCCUAUGCUACUCUCCAUCACUAG